UCUGUUUUUUUGUUGUUUUAUGAUUAUGACCAUCAGCUGUGCGCUCUACUCCGCAGUUACAGGAUCUUAUUUUUCGUGGAGUAAACGUGAGCAGUUUUGUUGGUUAGGUUGAUAUAUUCAAGAGGAUUUUCUAUGCCUGUGAAAUGGUGGACGCCGAGGACGCGGAGGAAACUGCGUACAGCAGACACAUGGUGUUCCGCGGCCCGAUUGACUGGCGCAAAUGCCGUCAGAUCCUCGUCCACUGCAUCGCCCAUCGCCAGUUCAAGCUGGCCUUCAAGAUCCUGGAAUCGAUGCUGCAUAAGGCCGCCUUCACGCAGGAGACCUGGAUCUGGAGGAUCGUUCUGGUUGUGCUGGCCAACACUCCCAACGUCGGGGAUCACAUUUAUCGACAGUGUUUCAGGAUGCUGCAUUUCACCAAAACAUCGGACUACGAUGAACGGCGAAUGUCUCUGUAUUUUCUGCUGGAAAAACUAGGAAAAAGCAAACUAGCGCGUGACAUUUUAGAGAAAGACAUGCCGAAGCGAAUGUGGGCGCCGUGUAUGCGCAGCAUGUUUAAAGGACCGCUGGCGGAGUACGAGAUCUAUUCCCGCGCCCAGCUGCAGAUGACGCGAGCCGUUUGUGGUUUCUGGAAGCCCCCGGUGGAGGAUGAUGAGGAAGAUGCUGUGUUUUCACUGCUUCCGCUCGGCAGAAUCCAAGAAGGCGACAAACGGUUAGGAGAAGACGACCAAAACCCCAACGGCAGUGAGUCUGGUCAAGCGCUACUGGAUCAGUUGCUGCAGCCCGGCUCGAAGAUUGUCGAGGAUUUCAGUUACGCUGAAUUCCGUCGCAUGUUUCGUACCUUUGUGACAGCCACGGAGAAUGCCGGUUAUUUUGUUCUGUUUUUGAUUGAGAUACUGGAAAGAUAUAACGACGUGGAUUAUCUGGAAAGUGUCCUAAUCGAGUAUGCAGCGAAAAAUCCCCUGAAUCCCUGGGCUUUGUCGUACAUCAUCGAUUUCUACCUGAAAUAUAAACCCGACGAACCGGAACUGCGAUGGCCAUUCCUUAAGAAUUUGGCACAGAUAGAUCCGUUCGGGAAAUGCGUGACUCAGUACUGCCAGGACUAUCUUCAGCAAGAGAGUCCCGACAGCCCGGUGGAGAUGUUGCACAUUGUAUUCCGCGCACUGAACCAACCGCAGCAGAAAUGCAACGUCUUGUGUUGGACGGCUUUAGCGCGUCUGUUACGAAAUUUUGAUUUUGAUGACGACAGUGAGCAGCAGUUGUUGAGCGCUUUGAAGGAGUAUUGGUUGGAUGCGUAUAGCUUUUGGCCCAAAUACCAUUUCCGGCUUAUUAGUCAGGCGGAGAAAGAUGACAGUGAUCUCCUGUACAAUAAAAUUCAAGUGUGCAUUGGGAUGUUUGGGCCCGAUCAUAGCUACGUGAAAGAAACGGUGGAAUUUUUAUCGCACAAAAAGCGGCUAAAAUUAGAAAAAUCGCAAGCCGGUUUACAAUCGUGUCAUCAGCGGUUAGCUUGUUCAGUGCAGUAUCCAUUAUUUGCCCCGAAAACGGUGUCCGAACCCACAUUCACGAUGGAGAAUCUGGACAGCACGGAUUCGGAUGAUUCCCGCCCGAAUAACAAGAAGCGCAGGAAAGCGGCGGUUAAGAAGGCGGGCAAAUCGUUGCCCGUGAAGGCGGAGGAAACGAUAAAGUUCGAUGAAGGAAUGCUUUUUUAGCCGGAUGCUCAGUGUUCGUAUCAAAGUUUGUUAUUUCUGAAUUCUGUUUUAUUUCUGAAUUCUGUUUUAUUUCACUUCAUGUUGUUACCUGCUUUGUGGGAUGAUAAACCCGUGAAGCGCUGUUCAGUACCUGCUUGUUAAUUGCGUACUUUUUAUUUUUGUAUAUAAUUUCAGUUGGCUCAAAAGCACACGUUUCACUGCAUCCAGAUGCCGAC